CGUCGCAUGGGGAGUUUCCCCCUCGUCUCCUCCAUCGCCCCCCCAACACCCGCAAAAUCCAUCAGCUCGCCCCAACACCCGCAAGUCGGCAAGCAUCCCAUCAUCACCGGAAUCCGGCGCGUUUGUUCACUCUUCUGUUCAUCUCGUUCCUUCCCGGAAGAACCCCACUCCAAACCUCAAACUGCACUCCGUCUACCGAGCAUAUUCCCGCCGCAACCGGGCGUAUAGCGGCCGUGUCCGAGCCUCCUUAUACCAUCCACGCAAUCUCUCACAAGGUCCGGCGUUUCCGUGGCUCUGUGCGUAGUGUAGACUAUGAAGGAUAAAGAUUUGUGCCAAUGAGUGUUCAGAUCAUGGCAAGGAAAACAAGCAGCUGUGGUAUAUGUGAAAACCCAAAUCUCCCUUCUAUUUGCCCUGCCUGCGUCAAUUACAGGCUGAACGAGUAUGGCAUGAAUUUGAAAUCAUUGAAGAGUCGAAGGGAUGGAUUAUAUGCAAGAUUGAGUGAAGUGCUUGUGACUAAGGGGAAGGCUGAUGAUCAAGCAAGUUGGCGAGUUUUCCAGAAUGAGAAGCUGGCAAGACUAAAGAAGGAGCUCAAGCACCGCCGAGAUAAACUUUUGGAAGGGAGGGCUAAAAUCGACAAGUUGUCUAAUGAUCUAAAAGUCAGAGAUGGUUUGCUUGAAUCAGCCAUGAGCUUGCUUGAAGUAAAGCGUGCAGAACAACUUGAGAAGUUCUUUCCAAAUCUAAUCUGCACUCAAAAUCUUGGCCACAUGGCAAUCACCUCUGAACUUCUUCAUAAACAGUCUGUUGUUAUUAAACAGAUAUGCAAGCUAUUCCCUCAACGCAGAGUUACUGUAGAUGCUGAGAGAAAAGAUGGAUCUAAUUGCCAAUAUGAUAUUAUCUGUAAUGCUCGCUUGCCAAAAGGGCUUGAUCCUCAUUCUGUUCCUUCUGAUGAGCUUGCUGCUUCUCUGGGAUACAUGGUGCAAUUGCUGAAUCUUAUUGUCCGCAAUGUCUGUGCUCCCUCGCUUCAUAACUCAGGCUUUGCAGGCUCAUGCUCUCGAAUAUGGCAGCGUGAUUCUUAUUGGGAUGCACGCCCAUCAUCUAGAAGUGGUGAAUACCCUCUUUUUAUUCCACGCCAAAAUUUUUGCUCUACUGUUGGAGAAGCUUCAUGGUAUGAAAAAAGCUCAAGUAACUUUGGUGUGACCUCUAUGGAGUCUGAUAGGAAGGCUCGUUUGGAUUCUUGUAGAAGCAGCAGUUUCAGCUACUUGUCUGCUUCAUCACACUCAAAAGAAACACACAAGGAGUUGCAGAAAGGGAUAGCACUUGUCAAGAAAAGUGUUGCUUGCAUAACGGCAUACUGUUAUAACAUAUUAUGUCUAGAUAUUCCUGCAGAUGCCUCAACAUUUGAAGCAUUUGCAAAGCUGUUGGCCACCCUUUCUUCUACUAAGGAAGUGCAAUCUGUUUUUUCUUUGAAAAUGGCUCGUUCGAGGUCAUCCAAGCAAGUCCAACAAUUCAGCAGACAUGCAUGGGUUGCAAAUUCAUUAGCUUCCUCUAGCACUUUUAUGGAAAGUGUGCAUGCGUUGCCAUCACAAAGAAAUGCAUAUGACCCUAGUAAUCAUCCAAGCUCUACCACAGCCAGUUUGAAGUAUGCAAAUGAGACAUCAGAGGCAGGACGGAAUGGAAAUGCAAUAAUUGAAGGGUGGGAUCUAAUCGAGCACCCCACCUUCCCCCCUCCACCUUCACAAACCGAAGAUGUCGAACAUUGGACUCGAGCCAUGUUCAUCGACGCUACAAAAAAGUAACUCAUUGUCGGCCAAACCUACAACAACCCCACCCCACCCUGUAAAUACUACUGUACAUAGCCCCCAGUGUAUAAUAUGGAUAAUGCUAAAGUCACCCCACCUUUCACCUUAUAUCUGUUCAUAGACAUUCACACACAUAGAACAGUAAAAAACGUGUGUCCGUGGAUGUCCGUGGGAAAGAUGGGAGUGAAAGAUGGGCGCCAUUAGCAAGGUCCAUAUAAUAUACCCCGUAUAUAAAAUGUAAUUUGACUCUGAGUUUUUUUUCUUCUUCAGUCUUGUGCUGCUUGGGGAUUUAGAACGCGAACAGAAAAAUGCUACGGUAAUUUGUUCGUGGCUUGGUUCAGGGUCUCAAUGCUGAAAGUAUACUCUAUGUAGGUCGGUACUCCCUCUCAAUUUCUCGAGUCCACAUUGACAAAUCUUAUGAAUUACCUAAGUAAACAUUGUGUGGUUCG